CAGAUGAGGAGGGAGACAGUGAUGACUUAGACGACGUCUCGGACGAUAUUUCCGACGGCAUUUCCGACGACAAUCCCGACUCUGCCCCGGACGUAUUGGGCAUCUACACCGGGCCUGAAGCAGACGCUGUCCUGGCCCGAAGUCAUGCACGCUGGCACACCGCCCUCCGGGCCGCAAGAGCCGCGCGCCCCCGGCGAAUUUCCUGAUAAUGCCUUUGACCUCAGGGGGUUUUUGCUCCGUAUCCCGGCCUUGCCAGACUCCACUCCCCAUGACUGUAGAGGCCUUCAAGUUCAUUCCACUUGGACAAACUCCGACACGUCUUGUUCCUUGCGCGAGAAGACGGAGAAGCCUCACAGCAUCUCGCUGAGGGAUCCCCGUCCCUUCACAGUCACCGCAUCAGCAAUCAGCUUCCAGGUGUGGGACGGUACACCAAGCAAUGGUAUCUUCCUACUUAUCUUGGGCUGGGCAUAUAUCCUUAAUGCUACGGUCGCCGAAAAGCAAGGGCUCCCGCUCCAGAUCCACUGUUUUGAUGGGCCGAUACCUCCAACCCCACCGGCGCCUCCGAUACCGCUUAAUAUAAGCUACGCGACACCAGAGGAGCUCUCGUGGUGGAAGGUGCUCACCACUCGAGCAACAACAUUAACCGCUGAUGGUCUAUUUCUGCCAUGGUCUCUCAUAGUAACAGAUCUAGGCGGCCUACAUAUUCUGGGCCAUUGCAAGGACCCAGGUCUCCGCAAGCUCCCAUCAACCACCCAGCCUGCAGCAUACCUGGCGAGAUUAUGCUCGGCUUACAACCUAGGGAGCCAAUUCUCGGCAGCGCUUGCGGCAGUUCUUAGCUUUCGGGUCCGUCGCAGAACUCAGUCUCACGCUGUGACAGUGCCAAAGGCCCGGUUUUUGUCACCUUGCUUCACCAAAGUUUCCAGUCUCGGACUCAGUCAACCUCGGGAAUUCAGUCAUCUCAGCUACUACAUGACGUUGGCUUUAUCCAACCACGCCUUGCUUGUCGUUCUAGAAAGCUUGCUGUGGGAGGCUGAUGUCCCAUGCAACCAUGCCGGACAGUGGACUCGGCCGAUUCGAAAUAUUUUCGGGCCCAUCGUGGAAGCCAAGGACUACGAGCUCCUUGCGAAGGUCAUUGCUUUCUCAUCGGCAAAGGCAGCGCCAUUGUGGCUGGGUACCCUGAUUUGUGGCGAGUAUCCUUACCUUCUGGAGUCGAUUGACUGGAGCAAGUGGUAUGGAAGGACAACUGUUGAUGUCGCUGCAUGGACAGGCACUGCAAGGUCCUUCAUGACUCUACCAGGUCCAGGUCCGUAUAUGCGGAAUGGAUCUGUUUCCAGAUCAGAUGUGUGGCGGCUGCGUCGUGAUUUGCGAGAUUUAUAUGAUCAGGACGAAGAUGAUUAUACUCUCAAACCCCUUAGGCCCUGGCGUCCCUUUGGAGCCAUGCGACUCGAGGACGUAGAGAUAGAGCUGCACAGCCAUCUCCAUUGCUCCCAUCAGUGGAUUUACAAACAUUGGACUUGGCUUCACAGCUCCGCUACAGAUACUGGAUUCUCCCCUGUUGGGGCAAAACCGCCGACAGAAGAGACCACACACCUUGCGCAAUGCUUAGAGCAGUAUCGCAGUUCUGCUGAUGCCAGGGCCAUUCGGAGAGUCUCCCGAAUGAGCACUGACCUGAUAUUCCGCUGGUGUUGGAACCAGGUUGAGAAAGGCUUUACCGGCCAUGUUGUCCCCGCAUGUCAUUACGGUGAGGUACCGUUAAGGAGCAAAGACAGCUUGGUUGACUCGGAAAGGAUUCUCGAAUGGAUCAACACGGCAGGUUCAGCCUGGAGGGUGUAGCCAGAAACUGAGUCGGAGGCAGCAUUCGUAGAUUAGGCUGCAGCCAGACAAGUAGGUAAGUACUGGUCAUGGGCUAGACUCUUCAUCACGAGGACAAAUCACCACGAGGCUCAGAGCUGGCUGCCCAAAGUAAAAUAUGCAGCUAGCUUCGUUCGGUCAGCGUCAUGAAGUUUUCGGGAAGCC